CUGAUCAAACAAUUUAGAAGAAAUGUCCUGCCUGAGGAAUUUCAGUGUUUUCGUCUCAUGCAUGUUUCUCUUCAUCAUCCAGCCAGCUCAUGGUUCUGAGAUUGUCGGAGGGAAAGAAGCCGAGCCACACUCACUGCCUUUCAUGGCUUAUGUGGAAGGUGGACGAUCUUCGUGUGGCGGGACAUUAAUCCAUCCACAAUGGGUCCUGACAGCUGCCCACUGCACUCAUAUGACUCUAGUGAUCCUGGGAGCGCACUCCAUCAGGAAAUCGGAAGUUGAUUCUUGGAGAGUGGUUGAGAAACGAUUUCCUCAUCCUGGCUAUGACAGAGUAACCAAGGUCAAUGACCUCAUGUUGUUCAAGCUUAAGGAACCAGCGAUUCUAACCAACACAGUGAAACCCCUUCAGCUGGGCAAAAUCGUCAGAGACCCUCCACCUGGAAGCAAGUGUAUGGUGGCUGGAUGGGGACAAACUGAAAACAACCAAACAUCAGAUGUUCUCCUGUCUGCCAAUGUGACUGUGUUCAGCAGACAGACAUGCAACUCUUAUUACAACCAUGACCCUGUCAUCACCAGUAACAUGAUAUGUGCAGGUCAUGAUGGUUUAGAUGAGGGUGAUACAUGUAUGGGGGAUUCUGGAGGUCCACUGCUGUGUAAUGGAGCGCUGGUUGGGGUCACUUCAUUUGGACCAAAGAAUUGUGGCUCCAUGAAACGUCCAGUCUUUUCCUUUGUCUCAGAGAAACAACUCUCCUGGAUCAAAAAUACAAUGAAGUUUUCUGAAAUAUGAUGAAUCCGCAGGCAUUAAUCUAUCUAAGCUGAGCAAGAAGGGAAACUUUUUUUAGGAUGUUUCUUGUCAAAUCUGCAACAGCUAUCACCAUAGACCCCUUAUUAUUUUCUAUUGUAACAGCUCAUUGAUUCUACAUUUUACUUUCCGCUUUCUUUAAUUUUGAAACACUCUACAUAUAUAUGAUAUUGGCCCUCUCAUGAUUCGGCCUUUUCACUGAGGGAACUUAAGACGGAUAACAGUGGCAAACAUUGAUUGCAUUGACCUCCUUAACACAUUUUUUAGAUUAGAUAAAACUUUAUUAAUCCCUCGGGUGGGUUCCUCCGGGAAAUUUGGUCCCUUCUGUAUACAAAAAUGGACACAGUGACUAUGAUAGUUUGUGAAUAACCAUACAUAAAAAUUGUUAUUCCUUGAAGUAUUUUUUUUCCCAAACAACUUAAAGUACUCCCAAGCAUGAGUGUUCCUGGUUGCUGCAGAUGAAUGCCACUACUGCAGUAAAACUACAGAAAAAUUAUUUCUUUAAAUGCACACAAAACCCAUAAAAGUGAAGCAAAAAAAAAAAGCAACAUUUCAUGUAAACUGAAAUUGAGACCUGUAAACAUUUCUUUGACAAAGAUAAAUUCCUAAGCACA